UAAUUAAUUCUUAAAUAGGAUGGAGGCUUCUAACCCUGAAACAAUGUCUAAUGACCAAAUUCAAUUAUUAGUGGACCACUCUGUUUCUAGGUCCGUACAUUCUGCUGUUAAUAAUGCUAUGGCAGCUAUGCAGGAAUCUUUAGUCAAAUCUGUUGCUAUGGCUAUCUCUCAAACGUCUGCACAUAAAGAACAUCAGACGCAGCAGGCUAAAAAAUGCUCUGCAAAAAGGAGACAUGUAUCUCAUGACAACCUCCUUGCUAAUAAACAAAGGAAAAUAGUUACCAGUGCCAGAGGUUUACAAACUAAUGCUGAUUUGCCUUCCACCAGUAACCAUGAACAUGAUGCGGAAAAAUCCCAUCCCAUACCCUCUACCCGGGAGGAGAACUCUAAUAAACGGGUCACUUUUGCCUCAGAUACUGUUAACCCCUCGGACUACUACGAGAUUAAUGAGGGUGAUGAUACUGUUUUAUAUGAGGAUGAAAAUGAUAUGGCAGACAAUUACUCCGAAUUGUCGGAUGUUGAAGACCCCUCAUAUGUACCUGAAAAUAAUGAGGGUGUAGACAUUUAUUUUGAUAGUUCUAAUAAUUUUUCUGAGUCCACCAUCCUAGAUGGUCAAGGACUUCCCUUUUUUGACCCCUCCCAAAUAGUACAUCCCAGAUCUGGGGAGUGGACGCCUAAUCCCGAAAUAGAGGAAUUCAUAUCUUAUUGGAUAAGAAAAAGUUUGGACAGUAAAGAUAGAAAUAAACUUAGAGCAGAGUGUCCAAGACCCACAUUACCCUUGAAUGCUGCCCAAACACCCGAACUAGAUCCAAUUCUAGUAAGAUAUAUUCAAAAAUCGGGUAAAAAUCCCAAAAAAGGUAUGGACCGAAAUUUCAAAAUUUGCCAGGACAAAUUUUUAGAUUUAUUAGGCCCCCUGACAAAAAUUAUGGAAAUUACUGAGAAUGCUUAUAAUUCUGGCACUAUGGUGGAUGCUAACACCCUUAGGGGUUGGAUACAGAGGGCUAUAUGCCUUUUUGGUAACAUUAAUGAAGCUUUCUGUACUGAAAGGAGACGAUCAAUAUUAUUAAAGCUAGAUCCUCAAUUGACCCACUUAGCUACCACUCAACCUCCUUCCCCCACAGGAGGUUUUCUCUUUGGAGAACAGUUUAUUAAAGAAAUAUCGAAAUACGUGGGCCUUUUCUCAUCACUAGACAAAGCCCAGUCAUCCCUCAAAAAAGUUUUCCCCUCAAAAAUUUUUGGAAGGGCCGGGAGAAGUAGGGGCCGUUUUCCCGGCCGAUAUCCCCAAUAUAGAGCACAAUAUAGAGGCCCCUCUUACCAGACAGACAGAGCUUCCUUCCACAUCCCUCCCCCUCAACCACAACCACAACCCUUCUUCCCUUACCGGGCACGUCCAUGGAGACCGAGAGGACAACGAGGAUACACACGUUCCAGACCCCAAGCCUACUAAUCGCCAGGACAUGUGGACCUAUCUGGGUUAUUUCUGUUCCUUUUGGAUCAUCUUCUCGUUCCUUGUUCAAGUUUUUCUUCAGAUUCACAGAUGAAUGAACAUUUCCGUUUGACGGAGGCUUCCUUUCAGAAAAAUUUCAGUCUUCAAGUUGUUCCAGUUUCAUAGACUUUAGCAUAUAUUUUUCUUCAUAUGAACGUUCUUUUUAAGUGGCUCAUCAAAGAAAGAGGGUUAGUUGUGUUAGUGCAGGGUUUAUAUUACCUGGGCCGUAUGCUCAUUGGGUACUACUAGAUACAGCAUGCUAGGUUGUACUACCUAUGAUUAACACCUGUACAUUUGUGUACCUCAAAGUUUUUCUUGUUAACUAUUGAAAAAACGUUUUAAUGUUGCUGCUAUAUUUCCCGCAGUAAAGAAAGAAAUGCA